AUGCAUUCCUCCAUUCGUCCGAAUCAGUUUGCGGUCAUCCAGCUGCCGUCUGAUCAGACGCGCAUUGUCAAGCUGGUCCCGAAUACUAUAGUACAAUUAGGCCGUUAUGGCAGCUUCGCCGCGAACCAGGUUAUUGGCCGUCCCUUCUUCUUGACAUUCGAGAUCCUCGACGCACCUCAGAGUGAUGGCUACCAGCUACGCGUGGUCCCCGCCGAAGAGCUACAUGCCGAACACCUCAUUGAGGAAGCUGAAGCAGAUGGCGAAGGCGAGGAGGGAGACUCGGGGGCAGGCACACCCAUGCGCACAAAUCGUACCAUUGUCGACGAUGCCUCGACCCAAAAAUUGACGACCCAGGAAAUUGAGGAGUUGAAGAAGGAGGCCAGUGGAGCGGGCAAGGAUAUUGUCGCAAAGAUUCUCGAGUCUCACGCCAACCUGGAUAAGAAGACCGCUUUCUCACUCGCCAAAUAUACAUUGCGUAAGCGCAAGAAGUACAUUCGCAGGUUCACGGUUCUGCCGUUGGACGUCAGCUUUCUCGCCAACUACUUCCUCGACCAACGCGAUGCACAGCGAACGAUGGAAUUGCGCGAUGAGCAUGUGGGCCUGCUCGGCUGUUUGGGUAAUGUGCAUCAUGGUGGUGAAUCAACUUUGGAUGCGAUUCCUACGAUCAAGCCGAAUGGUCGGUACUUCGUGGUCGACGAAACAGGUGGCCUUGUCGUCGCUGCAAUGGCCGAGCGGAUGGGAAUUCUGUACCCUGAAAACGAGGACGAGGAACUAGAGUCGACCGAUGGUGCGCAAGAAGAGAACACAGAGAAAAAGUCUACAACCUCAACGCCCCGGCGUAAACGCCCUCGCCCCAUGUCUGCGUCUGGAAACACAAUCACCGUCAUUCACGCCUACUCGCAACCAAACUUGUCGUUGCUGAAAUACUUUGGCUACGAUAUCAACACUCCCGAUGAAUCGCAUCCUCUUCACACCCAUCUUAAGACUAUGUCAUGGUUGCAGCUUGUGGAUCCCUCAGCCGAUCCCAUCCUUUCCAAUGAACCUCCUGCAUUAUCCGCGGAAGAGCUGGCUGAGUUGAAGGCCAGCAAACGCACGGCUUACUACUUCAAGCGUAACCGCUGGGAGAAGUUCCGUGCUGUCACAGAUGAAGCUCGUGCGGGUGGCUUUGACGGUCUAAUCGCUGCUACUCUGCUGGAGCCCGCAGGCAUCCUGAAGCACGCUGUCCCGCUCCUCUCUGGAUCUGCCGCAGUUGCAAUUUACUCUCCCACGAUUGAACCUCUCACCGAGCUCAUGGAUCUAUAUUCAACUGCCCGCCGGACGGCAUUCAUCAAUCGCAAACGGGACCUCGAGGUGCAGAAAGCCCCCGGGGAGACCGUGAACUUGGCCCCGCUCUUCGAGGAGUUCCCUCUCGAUCCCACCCGACUCUUGCCCCCAACCCUACACACCACCCGCGUGCGUGUCUGGCAAGUCCUGCCCGGUCGAACGCAUCCCCUCAUGACCGGACGUGGCGGAGCAGAGGGCUACCUCUUCCACGGCGUUCAUGUCAUCCCCGCCGAGGCCAGUAUUCAGGCAGCUGGUACAUUCCGGAAGAAGCGCAAGGUAGAAACCACCUCGACGCCUGUCAGUGAUCGAGAUGUGGAGAUGACAAGUUAA